GCAGCACAUAAUGAGCGCUGACAAAACGAGCGACUUCUGCGCCAACGGUUGGUGCGUAAAAUGGAGCGUUACCCCGGUAUCCAUGUUGUGCCUCAUACUGCGAAUCAAAGACUUAUUUUAACGGGGAUAUAUCGAAAAGUGGGCGGAUCAGAGACUGAGGUUCGGGGUUCUGGCCCGUGAGCCCGUAGAUUUCCGCAGCCGCGUCUCGUGUUCCUUGGAGGCGCGGGGCGCAAAUGGUUCGCUCUGCCUCGGUGUCUAAAAUGGCAGCUGGGGGCUCGCGCUGCAGAUGCAGCGCUCCGGCUCCUUCCGGUGGAGAUGCAGCACGAGACCCUCCUACUCCUCAUGUUUCGUCACCGGGUCUCGCCCAGUCAAAUAACAGGCGAGAAAAACAAGCCGAGCACCCUCCGCGGCCGGAGCGAGCCGGCUCGCGCUUCACGCAGCUCGCGCUUCACGCAGCUUGCUGGGAUCAUAUCCUCCGAGUGCGGUGCUAAAUAGAGGCCAUGAGGGGGCUCGUGCCGUUCUACCGGGGCCUGUGCACCCUGAGUAACCGUCCAGCCGCUCGAAAAGCGGCGCUUGUCGGUUCUCGGUGCGGCUUUUGCGGAACUAAUAGCCAGCUGCAGCCUGGCUUCGGGCUGCUGUUCGACAUCGACGGGGUUCUGGUCCGGGGACGGAUGCCCAUCCCCGCUGCCAAGAAGGCGGUUGAGAAGCUGGUGGACAAUCAGGGCCGCUUUGUGGUGCCGGUGGUUUUUGUCACAAACGCAGGGAACUGCCUCCGGCAGACGAAGGCCGACCAGCUCUCCCACAUCCUGGGGGUUCCUAUCACACAAGAACAGGUCGUCAUGUCUCACAGUCCCCUGAGGAUGUUUAGGAAGUUCCAUGACAAGUGUGUGCUGGUGUCGGGUCAAGGACCUGUCCUGGAAAUUGCCUCAAACGUGGGCUUUAAUAACGUGGUCAGCAUUGACAUGCUGAGGGAAUCCUACCCACUGCUGGACAUGGUGGAUCACAACCGGAGACCCAAACUGCCGUCCAGUCCUGUUGGGAACCUCCCGAAAGUGGAAGCCGUGGUUCUGCUGGGGGAGCCCAUUCGAUGGGAGACCAACCUGCAGCUCAUCAUCGACGUCCUGUUGACCAACGGCAACCUCAGCAACGUGCACCAGAGCCAGAAGACGCCCCACCUGCCCCUGCUGGCCUGCAACAUGGACCUCAUGUGGAUGGCCGAGGCCCACUCCCCACGGUUCGGCCACGGGACCUUUCUCGUGUGUUUAGAGAACAUCUAUAAGAAGAUCACAGGCAAAGAGCUGAAGUAUGAGGCUCUCAUGGGGAAACCCAGCGAGCUGACCUACCAGUUUGCAGAGUCCCUGGUCAGAAGCCAGGCCAUGCAGCGGCAGUGGAAGCUCCCCAUCACGUCCCUCUAUGCUAUAGGAGACAACCUGAUGACGGACAUCUACGGCGCCAACCUGUACAACCGCUACCUGCAAGAGCGAGCUGCUAGGAAGAACCCCAAGGCCGUGGCCAAGGUGGCGGCGGGCGCGGCGGGCGCGGCUGGCGCGGCGGCGCCGGUGCCCCAGGACGAGGAGCUGGACAGCCUGUGGGAGAGCGAGCUGGCGCUGCCCUCCGCCACGUCCUGCAAGUCGGUGCUGGUCUGCACCGGGGUCUACAACCCCAACGCCGAGGUGCCGUCCGACCACAACCGCUGCAUCAAAGAGACUGUGUUCCACGGCCACAGGGACUUCAGAUUCGACCCGGCUCUCGUGGAGCCGGACCACAUCGUGCAGGAUGUGGCCGAGGCCGUUGACCUCAUCUUUGAGAAGGAGAAGUUUGUGCCUCAGUAGACGUUUGAGCUCAGGAGUAAUGAUGUGAUAAUGGAGGCUCUGACUCUUUGGGCUGAUUCCUGCCAGGGCAUUAACUUAACAUAGGUCGUCUUCUAAACCGUCACACUCACACUAGCUCCACUGUCAACCACUGUUUUAUAUGGUUUCCUUUAGAUCGUAGUCUCGCAGAGUGUUAAGCGCUGCCUUAUUUCACUCCAACAAGUAAACUUUUUAGACGAUAGUGAUGUUUUAGAUAAUUCUAUAUCCUCCUAUAUUUAUUACUAGAGUGGACCAGUGUUUUUAAGAAGCAGAGAGAUCCAGAUAAGGUUUGAUUCUCAAGGCAACUCUUCUGAUUGCAUUUUUAGUCACUUGUUUUACCAUUUGUCCUGAGAAAUCUAUGCAUGAAUGUAGUAGAACCCACUGUACUGUACAGAAGAACUGUUUGAUGUGCAAUAUUGUCCUGUAGCUGUCUGUCCUCAUUUUGUCCAGUGAGAGCCAUGACCAGUAUUUGCACAGAUCUUCUUCUAGGACUUUCUGCCAUAACCUGUUUAUGAUGUAGAGGAUUUGAUUCCAGCAAAAAGUUGAAGCUAAUUAUUAAACAACCAGUCAAAAGCAUUUAGUGUCACACAUUCAAUCGUGCAGUAAUUCACUCAUUGUUCAUCUCUUGACUUUAGAAAAUACAAGGAAUAGUUACUGA